CAAUUAAGCAGCCACAGUCAUGCGCACUAGUGACAGCUGUGCUGUCCUGCGCAUGCGUACUGCCCCCCAGCCGUUGGCACGGACACUGGUGCUGAGGCUAUGGCGGCGCCUCCUGCCCCCUCUGUAGCCGAGGUUUCGGGGGCCACUGACUCCGCGGACAAAGCUGCAGGGCAGGCACAGAAAAUUGAAGACUUAAUGGAAAUGGUGAAGAAGUUGCAGAAAGUGGGAAGCCUAGAGCCCAAAGUUGAAGUCCUGAUUAAUCGGAUUAAUGAGGUUCAACAAGCAAAAAAGAAAGCCAGUGAGGAACUGGGAGAGGCCCGAGCUAUCUGGGAGACCCUGCAGAAGGAAUUAGAUUCUUUGAAUGGAGAAAAAGUACGCCUCAAAGAGAUGUUGAACAAAAAGCAAGAGACCCUGAGGAUCCUACGGCUGCACUGCCAGGAAAAGGAAGGGAAGGCACAGAGGAAACACAACACACUACAGGGGUUCCAGGAGCGAAUUUCUACCCUUAAUUCCCAGAUUGAGGAAGAGAAAAACAAACAGAGGCAAUUGAGGUUGGAUUUCGAAGAGCAGCUGGAGGACCUGAUGGGCCAGCACAAGGACCUCUGGGAAUUCCACAGACCAGAGCGACUGGCCCAGGAGAUUGGCACCCUGGACAGCAGCAAGGAGCAGCUGCUCAAAGAAGAGAAGCUGGUGGAGGCAAAGCUGGAGGAUGUAAAGCAUCGCCUGUGCUCCCAAUUUGGGACCAAGGGCCAUUCAACUAUCACUGAGGGGCUGUUUCUCCGCAGCCAGGAAGCAGCUGCUGUGGUACAUCUGUUUGAGGAGGAGAACAACAAGGCCCAGGAACGCCUAGAGGCUGCUGUCCAGCACCAUGAGCAGCUGCUACAAAAGUGCCAGCAGCUACAGCAGACGAGACAGAGACUGAAGGAAGAGCUGGAAAUUCUAGGAGUUCAAGUCCCUGCUCCUAGCCAGAGCAAGCAGGAGGAAGAGGCUGGCCUAGGAGAAGCUGGGAGGGUGUUGCUACAGGGUUCCAUCCAAGCAAACGGUGCCGAGGCCACAGUGGUGGAGUAGGAACGGGCAUGUCCAGGGAGUAUAUGGCAGAAGGAUGCAUGGAGCCUCACACCCUGAUGUCCUUCAGAUCAGUCUUACGCCCCUCAGAAUCAAUGAGAAGAAAGAGCUGUUCCUCAAGGAAGGUCCACUGCCCUCCUAGCCAGGGAGGACACACCCCAGACUGGAGCUUAAAUAAAGCCUCUAUUUUUUGGAGAA